AUGGCCACCGCAGCCGCAGAACCCUGCCGCCGGCGGCCGCCGAUGACGAACAGAACGACGCGGGUGAUGGUGAGUGGCGGGACGGUGGUGGCCGUCAUCGCGCUUGCCGCCGCCGUCGUCUGCGCGGCCGUCACCGGCACGUCAGCCAUAACGACGAAACCGUCUUCGACGGCCGUCAUCAAGACGACUUUGCAGAUAUCGCCGCCAACCGAUGACAAAACCACCGCAAAGCCGGAAAACCGCCAACAACCGCACCAGCCGUCGUUUGCCGCACGCUAUUGGCAACAUCGUGACAUCGCCAACAGACCGUCGUUUGUGCACGUUGAUGACGAAGACUACUCAAUACAGCAGCCGCCUCACAAGCUUUCAGCUGUCCAGCAGACACACAUACUCGACGACAUUCGUCGGCAUAAUCAAGAACAGCAGUGGUGGACGGCUCCCGGAACAGCCUCGACUUCACCGUCGUCGACAGCGAACAUCCCGGUGGAGGACAAUAGCGAUCAGCACCAGGAUUCGGCGGCUGUGGUUGACCAAUUGCAGCAACUAUUGCAGAUCAAUGGAGUGGCCGCAGACGAUGACGAUGUAGCCGCAGACAACCCGGACGACGACCGUCAUGGUAAGCAGAGGUCCAUCAGCGGUGGAGGCGGUGCAAGUGUUGGUUGGCAACCACAGUCACCGCAGCAGUACAACAACCACAACAGACAGCAGCAACCAUCCUUAUCGCCUCCGGUGACAACAGCUUCAUACAGCCAUCAGCACAGCCACAACCAGAAUCAACAACAACAGCAUCAAUACUAUCCUACGACGUUGGCGGGUCCUACCAUACAACAGCAACAUCACCACCAACAUCACGUCCAUCGUCCACAGAAGCAGCAGCAGAUCUUCGUAACGACGCCUCCGUCGUCCGUGGUUUCCACCACGUCCAACAACAACUUGCAGCGGCACGUCCACCAGCACCAGCAGUACAUACCACUGCAGGGCGCGCAGCCUGUACAGCAACCACAACCACAGUAUUACCCCCAACCACAGCCACCGGCGCUGCAGGUUCCUGUGGCCGUCAAUAUCGGAGACAGCGAUAACGAUGAUCACAGAGGUGGUGGCGGGUUGGACGCGGAUAUCGAACAGCAAAUCCGCCAGCAGUUGACAGCAGUCGUGGGUGCCGGUGGAGGAAAUUACACGAUACUGACUUCGGCCGGUGGAGAUGGCGGUGUUAACCAUCGGUUAACACAGCAUGUAACCGGAUCGGCGUCCAACGACAACGUUCAGUACGUGAAAAUCGGUGGUGGGGGUUCAGGUACCGGUUCAUCACCAUCGCGGAAUCGGUUACAGCAACAGCAACCGACGGAUACGAGUACAAUUUUCGCUGGUGCAGCAUCACCCAAUGUGGGAGGUACCGGCAACACAGCCGGUGGUGGCCGAAACACGAUCGUCAAAACAGUUGUAAUCCGGCAGAAGCCGCAGCCCACGACCGCCCCUCCAGCCGUCGUACCGCCAACAUCCGCUGUUAUGAGUACGGCUCCCUCGCAGCCCUGGACGGUUAGCGAACAGCAGCAACUAGAACAGCUGGCCCGGCAAGUGCUGCCCCCCGGCGUCGCACAGUAUGAAAUCAUACGCGCGGGCGGUGUCGACGGAAGUGCCGCCGCCAAGAGUGGCGGAGACGCAGCGACCGCGGCCACGGUUGACAGCAGCGCGGCGUUCAUGACCGGUGGCGGAGAGCAACCGCCUGUUCUAGCUGGUGGCAAGAAGAAACCUGUGACGUUCGUCAUCCUGGAGGAACGACCUGACGGCACCGUGCGUGUACGUGGGAUCGAGAAAAAGCAGCACGGAGGUGACCCGUCCGACGGCAGCAACGCCGUGGCCGACGUUGCGGGAACGUCUGCGGUAGCCGACGAUGAACAACUCCAGCAGUUGGUGGACAGGCUGAACCGGGGUGAGCUCCGUCUGCCGUCGGGUGGCUCACCAACACCGUCGUCCAAGAUUACCGCACUGGACAGCGCGGCGGUAGCCAGCACCACUGCCUCGACUCCGCUUCCGGCAUACGUUCCGCCGUUCCCAUCCACCGUACUGCCACAGUCAACAUCGCCGACCGGCGGUAUCGGUGUCAGCACGAACAAGCGCCGUGAACCACCCCCGCCGUCGUACAUUCCUACCAAAGCACCGCAAACAACUACCACCGCACUACAUCAGCACCAAUACCAAAACUUUUUCCUCCCUACCGCCGUACCGACCGAAGCAGUGGCCGUCGCUACUACUACCGGACAACAACAUCAUCAGCAACAGCAGAACAAGUACCACAACCACCACCACCAUCACCAGCAGCAGCACCAACAGCAACAACAACAACAACAACAACAGCAACAGUUUUAUACACCGCCGACAAUUACCACGUCUUCGUCUUACACGACACCGCUGGUAAACUCGACCAUGUCAUACUUCAACAACAACAACAACAACAACAACAAAGCCGUGAAAGAAGGCAUGUUUAGUGGUGCUCUUCGCCGCCGUGGCUAUUAUGCAAUGGCCAAAUACAUGCGACAAGCUGGUGUGGACGCAGUACUCGAAGAAACAGGCCCGUUAACUGUAUUUGUGCCAACUGACAAGGCAUUCAGAGCCCUAUUAGUGCAGUUGGGUGGCCCCGAUCGUGCUGAGGACAAGUUCCGUGAAAACCCACGUUUGCUGAUUGGGCUUUUAUUGCAUCAUGUCGUGCCUGGAGCAUUCAGGGUGUCUGACUUGAUGGCAGGAGACGAAAUGACCGGCGUUAGUUUAGCAGGCACACAACUCCGUGCGAAUCUGUACGCCCGACAGCUGUACGAUAACCGAUGGAACGACAUAGAAGUGCUCACUGUCAAUGGUGCCCGAGUGUUGGACGACGUCAACCCAACUGCGUCUGCCGCGGUUAACGAUGGUUCUACUUCCGACGACGGUAGCGGCGGGUCCACGCAACAGCGUAGGGACAUGGUGUUGUCGUCAAACGGAGGCUCAGGAGGAAGCAAUCAACAACAGAUCAUGGCUAUAGGGCAUGCAGUUGACCGCGUAUUAUUCCCACUGCCUGUCGGUGACGUACUCGCCACCAUGAGAGCCGACCGGCAGCGACGGUACAACGUCUUUUUGCGAGCCGUGGACGAGCACUGUUCGCCUAACGUGCGAUCGCUACUCACUGGUUCAAGAACUGUGACGGUGUUUGCGCCUGUAGAUGAAGCGUUCCGCGUACGUCGCGGCUCGGGAAAUUAUAGCACGAGUAGCAGCAGUGGUUCAAUAGUCGAUUGGAUGCUUCACGAGGACACCAGUAGCAGAUUCAAAAAACGAAAUCGUCGGCGGAUUGCUGACCGGUUCGUGCUCAGCCACGUGGUGUUGGCAGGACCAGGGGAUCCCCCCAUGUACACAGCCGGAUUGCGAUUUUACCAGGUCAGGGACACUGCGUAUCGGCUUCCGGAAGGUGGUGAUUCUGCAGCUGUGGCGGAAGAGGACGACGAAGGUGCAGCGGAAGACUUCAACGGUGGUGGAGACGAUGGAAAUUUAACGGUUUCGCCGAAUGACGGUGAAAAAUCACGUUUCUAUCAGUUAACCGUGUACAAGGAUUCGGGCAGGAUACGGCUGAACGGUGGUGCCGCUCAGGUGUUGGUCCGCAACGUUCCGGCUACGAAUGGCGUACUUCAUGGACUGGAUGCACCACUAGUCUGA